GCCAUGGACGCCCCGUCCGCGCCCCCCGAGCCCAGCCCGGCGCUGCCCGCCCUCCUGGGGGCCCCGCAGGCCGAGGUGCUGGAGGACGUGCUGCGGGAGCAGUUCGGGCCUCUGCCCCAGCUGGCCGCCAUCUGCCGGCUCAAGCGACUGCCCUCGGGCGGCUACUCGUCGACCGAGGACCUCCAGUUGGUGUUGGAGCGGCGGCGCGUGGCCAACGCCAAGGAGCGCGAGCGGAUAAAAAAUCUCAACCGUGGUUUUGCCAAACUGAAGGCACUUGUGCCGUUUCUUCCGCAAAGCAGGAAGCCUAGCAAAGUUGAUAUCCUUAAAGGUGCAACUGAAUACAUACAAGUUCUCAGUGAUGUUUUGGAAGGAGCUAAAGAGUCAAAGAAACAAGACUCAGAUGAGCAGAACUAUAGCAACAAUACUUCUUCAGUUAGAGAGCCAUCAAGAAACAUCACCCAACAUGCCAGCUGUGCUGUUGGCUUGAAGAAUGAAGAGGAAGGACCCUGGGCAGACGGUGGCAGUGGUGAGACAGCAUUCGCUUGUCGCCAGAGCUUGACUUCUAUGAUUGGAGUUAUCUCCCCGACUAGGAGCUUGGAUAGAUUCCCAGAAGUAGAACUCCUGAGUCACAGACUUCCACAAGUAUGAAAAGUGAAAAGGCCCAGGCUUACCUUCUAGAGACAAAUAAAAGCAGUCUUGAAAGUU